ACGCGGCGGAGACUCCAUAGUUUCGCCAGUUUCAAGCAAGAAAGGUCUUACGAACACAGUAGCACUGUUAACUAGGCAAAUCGAAGGAAAUGACUGCCACGACUAUGGCACAUAACGUGGACAGACUUUCUAGUGCUAAGGAAGAGAGAAAGUUGAGAAAGCCGCUUAUUGAAAGGAAACGUCGUGAAAGAAUCAACAACUGCUUGGAUCAGUUAAAAGAAACGGUGGUCGGAGCUUUCCGAUUGGAUCAGUCGAAACUGGAAAAAGCCGACAUACUCGAAAUGACAGUGAAACACUUGCAGAAUAUUCAGAACAACAGGAUGAUGGCAGAUUCUACCGUUGGAUUAGAAGCUCAACAACGGUACAGCACAGGCUAUAUCCAAUGUAUGCAUGAAGUGCACAAUCUGCUCCUCACCUGUGAAUGGAUGGACAAGACGCUUGGAGCUCGCCUGCUCAAUCAUCUGCUGAAAUCCUUGCCAAGAUCCAAUGAAGAAACAAGCAAGGCAGCUCUAAAAUCGCCCACUUCAGCUGCUCUUUCUCCGUCACUCCCUCUGGCGGCCGGGGUGCUGAGCCCAACGCCGCAGUCGCCUCACAGCAGUAAUAACCAUGAAGUCAAAUCGUCGAAGGAUGGGACCACUGAAAACAGAGAGCCACCGAGAUCCAGAGGUCAUCAUGGAGAUGUUUCAUUCAACAGUAACCACCUAGCCUCGUUAGAUAUGUGGAGGCCAUGGUAAAGGAGAAUAAUGUGAACCUUUCUUGUUCUACAUGUAGACUCUUCUUUUUAUGUAUCUUAUAGAUAUGCUUCUCAAGACACUUGUGGGGCUAUACUGUUCCAGUAGGUGUGUUAAGACCAGGGUACUUCAAGCAGAAGUAAACCUUCGUGUAGCCUGCAUUGUAGGAGGCUGUUAUUUUUAUUUAUUAUAAUAACUUUAAAUUAUUAAAUAGUCACUGCAUUGGCUUUUUAGAAUUGGUAAUAAUAUUUACUAUACUGAACUUUCCUUUCUUCUUGUUUGAAAUUUAAACAUAUUAACCCUAUUAUUAAUAAAACGUUUAUUUCUA